AUGUUGAAUAGAGCACCCCUGCGAGGUUUGUUAAAGCACCGUUUACAUAUACGAGGUGUUUGCAACCCGUCUGCUGCUCUUUUACAGGAUUUUCGAAGUUCGCGGGAGAGGAGGUUGCUCCCGGAGACGCUGAAGGGUAAAGUGAACAAUCUACAAAUCCUAUUGAACGAGGAUGUUGCUAAGGCGGUUAACAACAACAUUGUAUCCCUACAUUUGCCGAAUAAUUUGCGUCGUGUGGCCAAAAAUCAGUUUCUGAAAUUGCAGGAAAAUGAGGUUUAUGAACUGCCCAAAACCUCUUUAGAGGUAGAUGCUCACAUCGCUGGGUUCUUUCUUAGAGACUACGCUGCAGCUUUCCAAGUGUUAACUGAACUAAAAUCGAGACUCGGUAAAUCAAACUUUAACCCACAACGAGUUCUGGACGUGAGUUUAGGUCCUGCUACCGGCAUGAUUGCGCUAAAUGACGUUAUGGGUGCAGAAUUCAGACCCGAGGAGAAGGAUGCCGUAAUUACUUCAGGAUCUGAAAUGACCAAAAGAGCCAAGAUUAUGCUAAGUAGACAGUUUAAUGAGAUUCCUAUACCGCCGGCAGAAGCAGAAAUCCCUGACACACAGGAUAAAACUAUUGAUUCUGGGGGACCAGAAGUCAAUGAAGAUUAUGAACUUGUCGGUGAAGUGAUGACGAAAAAAAUUAAAACUGUUACCAAAUUAAAGAACACUGUUCCAGUGAAUAAGAAGUAUGAUUUAAUUAUUUUGCACCACCAACUUUUGAGGAAUAGAAAGAAGUUCCCCAAACAAGUGGAUGAGAAUAUAGAAACUUAUUUGAAACACUUGGCCCCCAAUGGUCAUAUAGUGGUUAUAGAGCGGGGUACUCCAUUGGGCUUUGAAACUAUAGCCCGAGCUCGGCAGCUUAUGAUCCGCCCAGAACGACACCCCAUGGAGCAUGGUAAAAUAUCUAGACCGUGGCUAAGAGGUGCAAAAAUGAACAUCACCGAGGGUCCCGGGGAUUUUUAUUUGAGCAUUGUGGCACCUUGUCCACACCACCGGCAAUGUCCUUUGCAGACUGGAAAUCCUAAUUUCUACAAUUUGCCACAGGGCAAAAAGCUGAAGUUUUGUUCGUUUCAAAAGAGUAUCCGGCGUCCAAAGUUUAGCAUCGAAUUGAAGAAAGGUAAAUGGCUAGCAAUGCCAUGGGAAGAUGAUAAUGAUGUCAGAAAACACAGAGAAUUACGCGGCAAAGGUCGGCCGCACGGUAAAAAUGAGGAAACUGUAAGUUUUUCCUAUCUGAUCGCUAAAAGGUCACCUACCGACCCGGAGACACUUCAGCAGAUAGAGAAGACGAGGGAAUCUUCAACUACCAAGUAUGAAACAGGGUCUCUUGGAGAUAACACGCAAGACACAUGGCCACGGAUAUUAACUCCUCCUUCGAAACAAAAGGGCCAUGUUGUAUUUGACUUGUGUGCCCCUUCUGGCCAGUUGGAAAAAUGGAUAGUUCCAAAAUCGUUUUCCAAAGAAGCGUACCACGAUGCGAGAAAAGCAACAAAGGGUGAUUUGUGGGCAUUAGAUGCCAAGACUAAGAUACAGUCACUUGGGCGGAUAAACUUGGAGAAGUUUGAAAAGUUAGAGAAGGAAAGAGUAAGAGCAAUCAAGAAGGAGGACAAGGAACGCGGCAAUAAGAUGGGAGAUAAAUUAAAAAAGUUAGAUCAAUCAGAAGCCCAGACAAACAUUGAAGAAAUGAUUGAUGAAUCGGCUGAGGCAUAUGGAUACUUCUGGAAACAAGACCAGUGA